AGAAACAAAUCUACUGAUAUUUCAAUAAAAAUACUUAGUACUCUUGAUACUCAAUUCUUCUACUAAGAGAAAAAUAAUUCAUGAAUUUCUUCAAUCAAUAAAUUUCCAAUAUCAAUCUAUUUUCUAUUCAAGCCCUUACAAAACGAAAUUUCUCUUCAUGGAGCAUUAUGAAUUCAUUACAAGAACCGACAAAAGAAGUAUCAUCAAUCAAAUCAACUCUCUAGUAGGUCGUGGUCAAGCAUCGUAUCAAAAUGAACUAGCUAUACGAAAGAAUCAUCUUCAAGAAAUUCUCGAGAACGAAGAAAAAAUCUAUGAAGAUGAAUUUAUAGAAAAAAUUAAAUCCCGAGUUGAUAAAGACAUACGCGAACGGAAGAAAUCUCUUUUGCAAAUGAUAGAAGACCGAAUUAAGGAGAAAGAAAAGUUUGUUGUAGCGAUGAAGUUGCAUCAGAAUAUGUUGAACUGUCUUGACAUUCGAGAGGAACUGAGACGAAAAGACUAUCGUGAAACUCAGAUUUGUCAAUUGGAACAAAUGGAUGAUAAGUUCAGGGCUCGAGAGAGGGAAAAAAAAGAUGAUGAAUUCUGGUUGAAAGUUGAGAAAAGAAUUGAAGAUCACAUUGAUCGUGGGCAAAGACAAGAAGAUGAUUUGAAGAAGCGAUUGCAGGCAAAUCAGUGUAAGAUUUUACGAAAUCAACUUGAAGAAAUUAAUCAAAUGAGAGAAUUGGAUUUGGCUCAUAAAAAGAAAGAGAAAGAAGAAAUUGAUUUGAAAAUGAAGACUCAUGAAGGAGAUGAAAAGCGAAAAGCCCUUGAAGCACGAAAAGCCAGAAGUGAAGACGUUAAGAAGUCUAUUAAAACAAUUUGUGAACAGCAAAAACUUCUAGCCGAGGAAGCUGAAAUGUUCGAAAAUGUUUUCCACGAAGAAACUAUGAUACAAGUGAAUAAGGAAAUUGAAGAAAAAAUUAAAAGCAAUCUCAAAAUGAAGCAGGAUACUUUGAGCUAUUUGGAAUACUUGAAGAAAUUUAGGAAUUUUGUAGCAGAUAGAGAUCGAAGACAUACUGAAAUAGUCGAUGAAAUGGAUAAGCGAUUCUAUUGCUACAAAAGUCAUCACAAGAAAAACCUCAAGGCAAGCAAACUACAAGAAGCCAAGUUAUCACAUGAAACAUUGUUGAAGCAAAUUUGUGAGGAACAAGCACGAAAACUGAAAUUAGAAGCUGCCGAAAGAGAAAAUAAAAUACUUGAUAAUCGAUUUGUGAAGAUAAAACCUCAUGACAGGCUUAAAGAGCGUUUUGAGAUAAAGAAUGGACUUGACAAACAAUUGGAAGAACUUAAUCGUUUGAAGUUAGAAAAACAAAAACUUUAUGAAGAAGAACUUAAUCGUGCCGAAGAAGAUCAAAAUUAUUGUGAUCAGUUAUUGGAGAAGCAUAAGAAUGAAAAUUGUGACUUUUUGGCUCCGCAUCCAAAUUGGAAGCUAGUGACUUGUUUUUAUAACAAUAAGGAGAAAACCGAUUGCAAAAACAAGAAACAUUAAUAUUGUCAAUCUAUUUUGAGAUUUUUGAUUAAUUAAAUGUUUUUUGUUUCAAAUAUAGAACACUUGCUAAA